UUGUACAAGUCCGUUAAUAAUCAAUUCUUGUAAUGCUGUUGUACUGAAAUAAUGUAUCGUUUGUUUGCAUUUUUACUUUCGUUUAAUUUGGCUGUAGGCCAUUUUAAUCAUGAAUUUGAUUUUCAUCAUGGUGAUGAUGAUUGUGAUUCUGAUGAAUCAGGCCCGGAUUCAGGCGAAUUCCAUCACGGACCCCAUGACUGGUCCGGACCUCAUCACUGGCCUGGACCUCAUCACGGACCCGGACCUCAUCACGGACCUGGACAUCAACAUGGACCAGGAUGGGGACACCCGUGGCAUCAUCAGGAAAGUGACUUUGAUAAGCUGGCUCGUUUCGUGAUCUCUGCUGACAAGCAGGUAUACAACAGUUGCAAGCAGAGCUCGUACAGCCGGGUGCGCGUGAUGCCAGGCGAGGAUAUGUACGCACUCAAAUACAACCUGCCGGAGUUCGCGGAGAGCGGCAUCAAGGUGCAGAUCAAACACCGUGUCAUCUCAGCCAGCGCAGAGGCCCAGGGCGUUCCCACCUUCAAGGACUUGAGAAUCAUUCCGGAAUUUGUGAAAGUGGCUGACGCGUCCUGGUUCUUCCAGAAUGGUACUCUAACGGUUUUAAUGCCGUACAAAAAUCCUUUGAAAACCGAAGUGGCUUUAGAUUGUACAAGUAAUAUCAAUGAAUCUGUUAUCGAUGUAGCCAAAACGACGAAUUCUGAAGACGAUCUUAGAAUUAUGGAUGGUAUGAACUUUCAGCAAAAAGUGGUUUAAAAAGUUUCCGAACUAUUCAUGAAAAAAAGGUUUAAUGUAUUGAUUAAUAUUUUGAAAUAAAAAGUUUGUUAUUUAUG